AUGACGGCGCUGCCCUCCGCGCUGCCGGAGGCCAACGGCUUCCUGGCGCUCGUGGCCGACGCGCCCAUCGCAGUGGAUCCGGAGGGCGCCCGGCUCCCGGGUUUUGGAGAUCAGCUCUAUGGCCUCAGCUGUUGGCAUCUCCCCCUCGCUGGGCCCAAGGAGGUCUACGUGGGCUUCGAGUAUGUUUGUCCUCAAGGCUAUCGCUUCUUAGCACCUCCCUACAAGUGUUCUGGCUUGUCCACCGGCAAGCAGCCAGAGGUCGAGGGGAAGAAAGGCCGCCGCCGCAGGGAGCAAACCAGCCUUGAAGAAGGCGAGUAUGAGUCGGUGCCCUUGUGCGGGUAUCGGCUCUAUGUGCCCUGCGUUCAACACCGACGCCAGAAAGGUCGCCGGGGCGAUCCUCCUUGCAUCAGUCAGUUGACGCGGAUUUGGGUGCAGACGCCGCACCGACGCGAGCUGAUCCAAGCAGAGCCCCGCGUCGCCAUCGUCGACACCAAAGGAGAAGUGGGAUCCGAUGGGAGGCCCAAAGAGGUCAUCAUGACAGGUGGGAAAGUCGUCUUGCCCGCGGGCAUGUUGGUGCAGCUGGUAUUGCCGUAUGCCUACUUCCGCGCCGACACGCCGGUGCCGAGCUUCUGGGACUUGGGCCACGACGCGGAGCGCUGUCGCUUGUGGCUCGGGCCGAAGACGACGCGGGAAAGGGUUGCCCUACUUGUUGACCUUGCGACGCCCAUCCUGAUCCGUCAGUUCGUGAGACCAACCUUAUUUCGAUCUGAUUCGUUCAGUGGAAUCAGCCUGAUCUCAGCGCUGCAUAGCACUGCGCAUAGCACUGCGCAGUUCUGCGCAGAGCAGGGAGCUGCAGAGGGGACGACACCAGCGACACGUUCCGUGGCCGAGUUGGGCGGCAGGAAGGUGGCGAUUCGCUCCUGGGGCCGCUACGUGCCGUGGCCGGUGGUGCAAAACCUCCUGGUUGCCGGCGUGGCGGUGCAAACGCAACUGGAGGAGCGAGAGGUGAGCCUCUUCUUUUCUGACAUGGCAGGAUUCACAAGUAUUGUGGAACAACUGGUGCCGGAGCAAACUCUGGUUUUGCUCAGCCGAUACUUCAAUGACAUGUCCAAGAUAAUCGAACACCACGACGGCGUGGUCAUCGAGUUCAUCGGGGAUGCCAUCCUGGCCGUCUUCGGUGCGCCCGCGAAGAUCAAGGAACAUGCUUUAGCCUGCGUUCGCGCCAUGAUGAAGAUGCAGCGAGGCGUUCAGAGGAUCAACCAGUGGUCGAAGAAGAAAGGUUUACCUCACGUGAGCAUCCGCUGCGGGAUUCACUCCGGCUGGGUUUCUGUGGGAAACUUGGGCUUCCACUCACGUCUCAAGUUCGGUGUCAUCGGUGAGCACUCCACGCUUCCCGCGAAGCUGGAAGAGCUCAACAAGACCUAUGGCACCAGCAACCUGAUCUCUGAGGCCACCUACCGCCGCCUGCAAGAUGAGUUCGUGGUGAGACCCAUCGACUAUGCAGAAAUGUACGGCGAGGGCGAAGACUUGGAAGAGCAGGUCUAUGAAGUGGUUUGCUUCCUAAAUGGUCGACAAAGCUUCAAGAACAACCUUCGCGAGUCCUUGGCGAAGAAGUACGAGCAAGCGCUCAGAUACUAUGUAGAUCGGAAGUUCGACAAAGCUGCGGCGAUUUGGAGAGAGGUGAGCCUGCAGACGGGCCAGUAUUUUGGUUUGUUCGACAAGGCGUCGGUGGUGAUGAGGAAGAGGGCCUGCUACUACCAGCGCCACCCUCCAGCACCGAACUGGCGUGGCAUUUGGACCCUCUCCCGGGAGCCCACCGCGGAGGACGGAGUCGACGAAGAGGUGGUCUAUGCGACCUGGAAGUCUCAAGAAGUCGGCGGUGAGCAUUUGAAAUUCAUACCGCAGGUGCCCUUGCUGUCUCGUGGACUGGACCUGGGAGGAUGCUCUGUGUUGCUUGCGAGGGAGAAGCCCCAAUCCAGAGAAAGUGACCCGCGGUACUUCAGCCAUUGCCACGAGGCGGAGGCGGAGGUUGAGAAAAAUGCCUCCUGUGAGCGGAGAGCCCAUGCACCAGACUGCUGCGAGGGCAACGCAACAUCCUCCAAAGCGGCGACGGAUUCAACCUCAUUGAUUCGUCCUGAGACUGAAGAGGUGCACUUCAAACUCAAUCUCGUGAAAUCCUCAGCUGCCCACUCCCUGGGCAUAGACGUGGAUCUGACGGAUGGCAAUGCGAUCCUCGUCGAAGCAGUUCAUGAAGGCUUGGUGCUGGAGUGGAACCGACGGAAUCCCACCAACGCUGUCCAGAAGCACGACCGCAUCGUUGCAGUCAACGGCAUCGAAGGCAACGCGGAUCUCAUGGCGCAGAAGUGCCGCGAUGAGUUGCAACUUCACCUCCUCGUGAGCCGCCUCACUGCAGAGUGCGGCCGGUAG